AUGGCGAUCUUAGCACCCUGGAAAGGUUACCUUGGGCUUGCGAUGCCUAUCAUCUCUUUCCUCAUCCUGGCGAAUGCGGCCAUCGUCAUGACACUAUCGAUCUUCAACGCUGCCACACUCGAUCUGCACGCCGACAAUAUCGACAACCAGAUCCACGAGCACGCCCCGCGUGUCAGAGCGCAACUCGUGUUCUUCUGGUGCACUAUUCCUUUCUUGCUUGUCGUUGCAUCCGCCUGCGAGACUUCCGCCCUGUUCACGAACAACCUCAAACCACUGGUCUGUCUGGUGACAUCAACCACAGCUAUCGGAAUCUGGGUCGCGCAGCUAGCACUCUGGCAAACCUGUUUGUCCUCCUCGACGGCGUACGACAAAGGGUUCUGUCCAGUCCCCAAGGUCUGGUCAGAGCACUAUCCAGGCUGGAACUGGGCCAGUCCGCAAGGAGCAGCAUGGGCAGUGCUGCCCAUCUUCGUGUGCUACAUGGUCCAGAUUGGCUUCGCAGCUAGCGUCUUUAGCCGACAAAGAAGGACUUCGUUCCGGAGCUCAGACUUGCGAGGCUCGUGGGCAUCAAAGUUGGAGGUGGAAGAGUUACGAUCGGAAGUACGAUCAACGAAAGUGGCUUCGGUCGAGCAUAACUUGCUGGAGGAAGAGCUUGAAGGUAGAAGGGACAACUAUCAGGACGUGCGGCUGUCCGCCAAUCUGGGUAGUAGGGGCUAUAGAAGAUGUUGA